AUGGUAUAUACCCCCAGAAGCUGUUCUGCCGCCAUACUGGUUGUCACCCAGCUCAGUAUACAGUAUAUACCCCCAGAAGCUGUACUGCCGCCAUACUGGUUGUCACCCGGGCAGGUAUACAGUAUAUACCCCCAGAAGCUGUACUGCAGCCAUACUGGUUGUCACCCGGCCAGGUAUACGGUAUAUACCCCCAGAAGCUGUACUGCCGCCAUACUGGUUGUCACCCGGCCCAGUAUAUACCGCCAGAAGCUGUACUGCUGCCAUACUGGUUGUCACCCGGCCAGGUAUACGAUAUAUACCCCCAGAAGCUGUACUGCCGCCAUACUGGUUGUCACCCGGCCAGGUAUACGGUAUAUACCCCCAGAAGCUGUACUGCCGCUAUACUGGUUUUCACCCGGCCAGGUAUACGGUAUAUACCCCCAGAAGCUUUACUGCCGCCAUACUGGUUGUCACCCAGCCCAGUAUAUACCGCCAGAAGCUGUACUGCCGCCAUACUGGUUGUCACCCAGCCCAGUAUAUACCGCCAGAAGCUGUACUGCAGCCAUACUGGUUUUCACCCGGCCAGGUAUACGGUAUAUACCCCCAGAAGCUUUACUGCCGCCAUACUGGUUGUCACCCAGCCCAGUAUAUACCGCCAGAAGCUGUACUGCCGCCAUACUGGUUGUCACCCGGCCAGGUAUACGGUAUAUACCCCCGGAAGCUGUACUGCCGCCAUACUGGUUGUCACCCGGCCAGGUAUACGGUAUAUACCCCCAGAAGCUGUACUGCCGCCAUAAUGGUUGUCACCCGGCCAGGUAUACAGUAUAUACCCCCAGAAGUUGUACUGCCGCCAUACUGGUUGUCACCCGGCCAGGUAUACGGUAUAUACCCCCAGAAGCUGUACUGCCGCCAUACUGGUUGUCACCCGGCCAGGUAUACGGUAUAUACCCCCAGAAGCUGUACUGCCGCCAUACUGGUUGUCACCCGGCCAGGUAUACGGUAUAUACCCCCAGAAGCUGUACUGCUGCCAUACUGGUUGUCACCAGGCAGGUUUUCGGUGACUAUGCCUCCUGA